AUGUCGUUCCUCAAGGCAAACUCGGCCACGGCCAUGAAUGCCCCUUCACCCACACCCUCGUCCUCGUCCGCCAGCGGCAAGCGCAAGCGUCCUGCCGAUGGAGCGCCCCCGGUCGUCUACUCGCAGCCGCAGGACACAGGCACCGGCGAGCAUGUCUUCACGCGCCUCACCUACGUCAACGACUUCCUGCGCGAACGAAAGGACAAAUGGCACACCUUCGAUGACAUAAUGGAAUAUCUCAACAUCCAGCCCGGCCACAUACAGCGCGAACAGCUCCGCCAGCUCAUGCGCGCCGACAACCAAGGCAACAGGAUCAGCUGGGACGCUGCCAACGAGCGCUACAAGUACAAGAGCAAGCUCAGCAUCCACGACCGUGCACAGCUAAAAGGCCAUUUCCAAACGCAAAAGUCGGCCAUGGGACUUCAGAUCAAAGACCUCAAAGAUGGCUGGUCCACCGUGGCGGAUGACAUUACAAAGAUGGAAGACAAGAAGGAGGUGCUGGUGCGACGCGCCAAGGACGGCGUGCCAAAGACCGUCUGGGGCAAUGAUCCCUCUCUCAUGCUGCCCAUGGACCCCGUCUUCGCAAAGGCGUGGCACUCGGUUCAGGUACCGGAUAACCCUGAUGAGUUGCGCAAGGCCCUGUUAGCCAACAAAUUGACGGCUGCUACCCAAGCCAAGGUCAUUGUUGCUGCCCCUACGACCAAGAAGAAGAAGGGUCCUCGUCGUGGUGGAAAGCAGACCAACACCCACAUGAUUGGUAUUCUCAAGGAUUUCUCUGGAAUGAGAAAGUAA